AUGUUCUUCCUGUGUCAGCGUGGGAAGCCUCUCGGUUUCCAGGAUCUCAGUGCUCACCUGGAGAGAUUGUUGUCUGAGGGAGAACCCACUGAGGACAGCAGAGAUCAGCCUGUUGAAGGGCGUCUGGGCCCUCAGCCUGUCGUCCUGGAUCACACCAGCGGCUUCGAGGGACUUCUGUUUGUAGAUGACGACCUGCUGGGGGUCAUCGGCCACAGCAACUUCAGCUCCAUCAGAGCCACCACAUGUGUUUAUAAAGGGAAAUGGGCCUAUGAGGUGCUGAUCUCCUCCCAGGGUCUGAUGCAGAUCGGCUGGUGUACGCUCAACUGUCGCUUCAACCAGGAGGAGGGUGUUGGCGACACUCCAGACUCGUACGCUUACGAUGGAAACAGAGUGAGGAAGUGGAACGUGACGACCACCAACUAUGGAAAGUCGUGGGCGGCCGGAGACAUCGUCAGCUGUCUGAUAGACCUGGACGAGGGAACCAUCACGUUCUGUCUGAAUGGUCAGUCUCUGGGCACAGCGUUCACCAACAUUAAGAUGGGACCGGGCGUGGCUUACUUCCCUGCCAUCAGCCUCUCCUUUAAAGAGUCGGUGGCUUUUAACUUCGGCAGCAGACCCCUCAGGUACCCUGUGGAUGGCUACCUGCCCCUCCAGAACCCCCCGACUGCAGACCUGCUGAAGGCUCACAAGCUGCUGGGCUACAUGAAGAACGUCCUCUCCACCACCAUCGACACACAGGAGGAGAGGCUGGUGGAGAAGGACUGUGCAGUGUGGAGGCUUCAUGGAGAACCUACAGUCCUCAUCACUCUGGCUCACAUCUUCAACCACUUCGCUCCUCUCAUGUGUAAAGUGUACCUGGUGGAGGACGUGCUGAUGGACUUCCUGUUGGGGAUUCUGGAGGGAGGAGGUUCGGUAGAUGAACACCCGCUCAUACAGCAGCUCCUGGAUCUGUUCUGGCUGCUGAUGGAGGACUAUGAAGUGAACGAGUGUCUGAAGCAGCUGAUGAUGUCCCUGCUGAGGGCCUACCGCUUCUCCCCCAUCAUCCCCGACCUUGGUUUUCAGAUCCACUACCUGCGUCUGACCACGGCCAUCCUGCACCACGAGAAGUCCAGGAAGUACCUGCUCAACAACGUCCUGUUUGAUGUUCUGCGCUCAGUUGUGUUUUUUUACAUCAAAACUCCUCUGAGGGUGAAGGAGGCGGGGCUGGAGGAGCUCAUUCCCACCACCUGGUGGCCCACGCACUUUGACAAGGAGGGAAAAGACGAGCGGGAGCCCAAAGACGAGAGCGCAGAUGAGCGACUGAGACGGAGAGCGUACGAGAGAGGCUGUCAGAGACUGAAGAAGAGGAUCGAAGGUCAGAACACUCGUCUUCAUCCAGCUGCUUCUCUGCUUACUGUAUGCCACCGAAACUACAUCCUCACAGUACCCGUACACAGAACAGGAAGUACUCAUUCAUCCUCAAACAGGAAGUACUCAUUCAUCCUCACAGUACCCGUACACAGAACAGGAAGUACUCAUUCAUCCUCACAGUACCCGCAAAGAGCAUGGAUACCAAGAGGUGACGGCGGAGAAGCCUCUCGAUACAUUUUCCUCAAUAAGUUCAGGAAGUUCCUCCAGGAAAAUGCCAGCAACAGAGGGCACCCCACAGCUCUGUGUCCUCCAGAGUACAUGGUGUGUUUCCUCCACCGCCUCAUCACAGCCGUGAGGGCGAGCUGGGACGAAGGCAGCAGGAAGAGUCUGAGCAGCAUCAGCAGUGAAGAGGCCUACGUCCCCCCCCAGCUCUUCUACAACGGGAAGGUGGACUACUUUGACCUGCAGAGACUGGGGGGGCUCCUGUCCCACCUGAAGAAAACACUCAAAGAUGACUUGGCCAGUAAAGCCAACAUCAUCAUCGACCCUGCGGAGAUCCAGGCCACGUCUAUGGAUGACCUGGACGAGGACGAGGAGAGCGGAGCAGCUCAGAGGCCGUUUGGUGCGGCGGCGAUGGGCGGAGCUCUGGCGAGGCCCAGCUGGUUGAGUUCUCCCACUCUGGGUCGAGCCAAUCGCUUCCUGAGCACGGCCGCCGUCAGUCUGAUGACCCCCAGACGACCCCUCACACAGCCGGAGAAGGUGAAGGUUCGCACGCUCGCCGUGGAGCAGAGGACUGAAGAGGACAUCGAGGGAAGCCAUGGUAACGACGGCCUGUUGCUGGGACGACCACUAGAGGAGCCCGAUCAGCCAAUCACAGACAAGUCCCUGCUGGAGAUAGUUGACGGGAUCGUGAUGAUGUACAACCUGAGUGUCCACCAGCAGCUGGGGAAGAUGGUGGUGGUUUCAGAUGACGUCCAUGAAUACGCUGUCGCUCUGAAGGACACGGAGGAGAAGAUCGCACGCUGCCCUGCCAGAAGACCAGACAUCCUGGACGAGCUCCAGAAGAGCCAGAAGGUUUUUGCAGAGAAGCUGAACCACCUCAGCAGGAGACUAGCCUGGAUCAACGCCACCAUCUACUCCAAGGAGAAGAUGCUGGACGUGUACUGGCUGCUGUGUGUUUGUAUUCGGACCAUCGAACACGCAGACAACACCGGCUCUUUGUUCGCCUUUGCUCCAGAGUUCUACCUCAACGUGGCCAUGAAUGCGUACAGCGCUUUGAAGAACUACUUCAGCCCUGCAAACAGCAUGGAGGAGCUGCCAGGCUACGAGGACACCUUGACCCAGCUAGCUGCUAUCCUCGCCAAGCACUUUGCAGACCCUCGUAUAGUAGGAACAGAUAUCAAAGACUCUCUGAUGCAGGCCCUGGCCAGCUACGUCUGUUACCCACAAUCCCUCAGGGCAGUGGAGAGGAUCCCAGAGGAACAACGGGUGGCCAUGAUGAGGAACCUGCUGGCCCCGUAUGAGCAGAGACCUUGGGCUCAGACCAACUGGAUCCUGGUCCGACUGUGGAGGGGUUGCGGUUUUGGCUACAGAUACACUCGUCUUCCUCACCUGCUGAAAACCAAACCUGAGGACGCCAACCUGCCCAGUCUGCAGAAGCCGUGUCCGUCGUUGCUGCUGCAGAGACACAUGGCAGAGCUGCUGAGCAUGGACAAAGACAUGGCCGCCUCGUUCCUCAACAGCGUCCUGAACCAGCUCAACUGGGCCUUCUCCGAGUUCAUCGGCAUGAUCCAGGAGAUCCAGCAGGCUGCAGAGCGUCCAGAGAGGAACUUUGUGGACACUCGUCAGCUGAAGGUGUGUGCGACCUGCUUCGACCUGUCGGUCAGUCUGCUGCGGGUGCUGGAGAUGACCGUCACUCUGGUUCCCGAGAUCUUCCUGGACUGGUCCCGUCCGUCUGCAGAGCUCCUCCUCAGGAGACUCGCUCAGCUGUUGAACCAGGUGUUAAACAGAGUGACAGCUGAGAAGAACCUGUUUGAUCGAGUCGUCAACCUGAGACUGCCAGGUCUGGAGAGCGUGGACCACUACCCCAUCCUGGUGGCUGUUACAGGGAUCCUGGUUCGAAUCCUGGUGGAUGGCGACAGACAGGGGAUAUCUCGGGCUGCCUCCGUCCUGCUCUCUGACCCCUGUUUCCAGCUCCACUCCAUCCAGCACCUGUUGGGAGAGGGAGGAGACUCCUCCAGCUCCUCGGCAGCCGUCACCUCCACCGCCGCCCGUCCGGUCAUCGGGUCUUUGGGGUCGACCGUGGCCCCCGCCAUCCCCUCAGCCGCAGGGAACACUUCAGAGCGCAAGCACUUCUCCCUGCACGCAUACACAGACUACAUCAGUGAGGAGGAGAAGCAGAAGGUGGAGCUGAUGUUGGCCUUCCUCACAGAAGAAUCCAAACAGGCUGCAGCGAGCACAGCUCCGACCAGUGAAGAAGACCUCUGCCCCAUCUGCUACGCUCACUCCAUCUCCGCCAUCUUCAAGCCCUGCUCCCACAAGUCCUGCAAAGCCUGUAUCAACCAGCAUCUGAUGAACAACAAGGACUGUUUCUUCUGCAAAGCCACCAUCACUGGGGUCGAAGACUACAGCAAGCCGGCCUCGUCCUAACAAACACACACACAGAUACACACCUCACACACACACACACACACGCACGCACACACACACACACACACACACACACACACAGGUUAGCUGUUCAGAUCAUAGCUGAGGUGUCAAACACUCAUCUGACGCUGCUCAAACAUCAGUCCACAUAUCAGUGAACCCAAAGAUUCUCACAGAGAUCUGUACUGUAGGUGUGUGUGUGUGUGUGUGUGUGUGUGUGUGUGCGUGUGCGUGUGCGUGUGCGUGUGCGUGUGCGUGUGCGUGUGCGUGUGUGUGAGUGUCUUUCUCUUUACAGACGAACUGAUCUGAGAUUUUUGAGCAAACGUUUGUCGAACUCUGUUUCUGGUUUGAAACUCUGGAGCUUGAUUUUAUGGAGGAAACAGGUACCAGUUAGAGUAGAUGGUAGAAGUGUGUGUGAGUGAAUAUGUUGUGUGUACAGUACAGUAAACGUGUGUGUGUGUGGACAGACGUCGGGUGAAUUCUUUUCACAUGGGAAGGUUUUGAUGUGUGACACAGACGCAGUUAGACUUAUAUUCAGGCUGACGUGUUGGUCACAGAUACACACACUUAUACACACACCUGGUCAACCUAAAGACAUCUGAAAAUAUUUCUAAAGCAGCGGUCCAGCCUGAGUUAGGACCAAUCAGAUCGUGCUCCCCCAAAAAGGUCGUCUAUGUUGUCUUUAUUAAAGCCACGCCCCCUCUGCUUCAGCGUCUCCAGACUGCUGCUGUGGACUGGAGACGUGCUGACUGACAUCUGCUGUAUGUAAUACUCUAUCUAUGGACAAGUACCUCGUACAGCUCCAUUUAACAAAACGUAACUAUCCCUUUAAUGUAAAGUUACUGUGGUUAGCUUUAGGAAAAGAAACACGGUGACGUCAUACCUUAAAAUGCCUUAAAGUUGGCACAAUUCUGAACACCGCCUCGUGGGGAAAGUCCUGUGUUUUAUGACCCAUUCACCACCUAGACCUUCCUCCUGACUCGGCCACUCAGGAACGCUUCUUUCUGUUCUCCCAUCGCACGUUGGUCACGUGAUCACAGCCUCCAAAGAUGCACGGUUUUGCACGGAUUGCUGGUUUAUCAUUACGUAGGAUACAUAUGAAUUUUGGUGAAUUACUUUGUGUAGGUAGACGUAGGAACAGAACAUGAGAACAGCCUGUUGAACCCAAACUUUUCCUAAAUCUAAACAAAAUGUGACGUUAAAUCGUAGUUACUGAAUGUAACUCCAGUUCUAUAAGUACAAGCGUCUGGUGUCCAUACUCUCCAACAGUCAGAUGUUUUUUGGAAGUCAAACCACCAAUUAUGCCCCUCAGGUACGAGGACGUGUUGCCCCGCAAGAUCAUUGACGGGUUAAAAACAUAGUUUUUCUCAGGCUUCUUAAAUCUUUUUUUUUUUUUUUUUUUAAGGAAUAUCCUGCCCCGUUUUUAGGUUGAACUCUUCACACUGCGUGUCCACACUGAAGCUGAAACCUUCACAGAGGAAUCAUUUCUACACCUUGUUUUAUUUUAAAUCACUGUUUCAGAUUAUUUCAGGUUGGUACAGAUUCAUAAAGUCCAACAUGUCAGAGAGAUUUAAGGUACGUAUAUAAAGCAAAUAAGAGUCAUGGCAGGAUGGAGCCUAAAAUCCCAGCAUGCACUGGGAGAGGGAAAAUGGGAAACAGUUUGUUGCUCAGUUGCAGGUUUAAUGGCGGGCCGACACGCCGAACAGCUGAUUGAACUCAGAGUUUGGCUGAAUUUUUGCUUUGAUUGGUUUUUGUUUCAUGUUGAGUUAAAGCAUCGUACUUUGAUGUGUCUGUUAUGCUGACAUAGAUACAGACAAUAGAUGAAACAAGAGGGCGGAGUCAAACGAGGCGACAGUGGAGGAGGUUGUGAUGUUGUACCUUUAAAUGUAUGCAGCGUUGUAGACGCCGAUGGUUUGUGAGGUCAUUAAAUACGUCCUGACGUGGACAGAGAAUAGUUUCACUGUUUUACAUAUUUGUUCCAUCAUUAUUUAAAUGUCUUUGAUGUCUCCUUUGGUCGUAUCUCGCUUAAAUUACGCUACUCCGCCUCCACCAUCUCUGGCGGCUCUGUUCUGGUUCGUCCGUAUCUGUAAUCUUUCAGAAAACGUGCACAAAUAUGGAUGAAAUGAACGCAGAAGGCGCCGUCUGUCUCUGUAUCUAACGGUAAGCAUAAACGAGCCCGUAGAAGUCGUGACAGACGGGUCGUUGACAUUAAAACAGAAUCUCAGAGUAACGCUGCUUUUCUCUCUUUGUCAGUAUUUGAGGACCCGGUCGACUUUAUUAGAAAUGUCUACGGUCUCGACCAAUCAGGGAUCUCGUGUUUACAUUCAGGGACGGAGUCAUAUGUUGAAGAGUGAGAACAUUUAGGAUGAAUUAAGACGUAAAGUUUGUGUCCAGCUUCAUGAACGUUCAGAGAGAAGCUGCAGCUUGAACUACGACCUCACUUUGUCACGUCAGGUUUAAAACUGAGGACUUUUUACAGUUUAAGAUCCCAGGCUGAGUCUGAGGUCAUACUGCAGCGACCAGAGAGCACCACACGUCUGUGUUCUCUUAAAAACAACAACAAAAACAAACAAAACAAAAAAAAGUCAUGAUGUAGACAGAUACUAGGACACACACACACACAAACACACACACACAUAAAACAGAAGAGUCCUCGGCAAAGGACAGCAGCGCCCUUCAGUGUGAGAGCUAGCUGUCAUAUUAACACAACAAUUCACCUCUACCUGUCAGUGCAGGUACACCACACACACACACACACACACACACACACACACACACACACACACUUACACAGGCUCUUACAGGGGAACAGGAUGGCAGGUGUGUACCAUACAUCAUCACACAGACAGGGAACAAAGGAAAACACAUACCUCACCUUCACACUGGGUGGAUUCAUGACGGGGCUGACAAGGUGCAGACACUAGGGCCCGAGGUCAGAGAGCCAAUGGCUUUAAAGAGACACAAAACAACCAUGAUGAGCGAACAUGUAGAGACUGUAAAGAACCCUCAAGAGACACCAAACUACUGUGAGGAGAAACAAAACGACUGUGAAGAGAUGCUGAACAACCAUGGCCAUGAAGACGAACACAAUGACCAAAAUGAGACACUAAACAGUGGCACGACCACAAAGAGAAACAAAAAGAAACAUAACGAGCUCAAAGAGAAACAAAA